CCAGGCCAAAUGAGUGCAGAGUGCAGAGGCGUGUUGGCGACCCAUUUAGAGAGCGUUAGAACUGCAGUUCUGUAAUAAUCUGUAUAAAUAGGCCAGUCUGGAGUGCAGUUCUAUAUCAAAUCGUUGCAAACCAUCGACAAAACAAAAUGUUCAAGCUGUGCGUCUUCGUUGCCCUCCUUAGCCUGGCUGCUGCUGCCCCAGCUCCCGUCCCAGCUCCUGCUCCUGCACCCGCUCCUGGACUGAUUCACCCUGGCCUGGUGGCUCCUGGAAUCUGGGGACCCACCGUCGUCGGAUCUCCCCUGCUGGCUCCCCAGGUGGUGAGCGUGGUGCCCGGCGCCAUCUCCCAUGCUGCCAUCACCCAGGUGCAUCCUUCCCCGCUGCUGGUCAAGAGCGUCCAUGGCCUGGGACCCGUUGUGAUCGGUUAAUCCAGCUAUAUCCAUUGACGAUCCUGCAAGCCCACAUAUCUCACCCACUCCAGCCAGCCAUUCAGCUCCUGUUCAACCCUAGCAUUUCCUGCGGAUUACUUCAAUCACGUAUCCUGUGUGCCCUGUUUAUAAUGCAAGCAAAUCCAGCAAUGAGAAGAAAAAAAAUCACAAAAAAAUGUUUAGACACUAAAAUACAUUCCAAGCAAUAAAUUACCUACCAUACUUGUUAUAGCGAGCGAAAA